GCCCCUGGCCCCUGCCUGCGCUCCAGAACGCCGCCGCCACAGCCACCACCGGGAGUCUGCCUGCUGCGGGACACACUAGCCCUCCCUCCAUGGAGUUUGGACUGCUUGGUGAGGCAGAGGCUCGAAGCCCUGCGCUGUCAUUGUCAGAUGCAGGCACUCCACACCCUCCGCUUCCAGAACAUGGCUGCAAGGGGCAGGAGCACAGUGACUCGGAGAAGGCCUCGGCCUCACUGCCGGGGGGCUCCCCUGAGGAUGGCUCCCUGAAGAAGAAGCAGCGGCGGCAGCGCACGCACUUCACCAGCCAGCAGCUGCAGGAGCUGGAGGCCACCUUCCAGAGGAAUCGCUACCCCGACAUGAGCACGCGCGAAGAGAUCGCCGUGUGGACCAACCUCACUGAGGCCCGCGUGCGGGUGUGGUUCAAGAACCGGCGCGCCAAGUGGCGGAAGCGGGAGCGCAGCCAGCAGGCGGAGCUGUGCAAGGGUGGCUUCGCAGCCCCGCUCGGGGGCCUGGUGCCACCCUACGAGGAGGUGUACCCGGGCUACACGUACGGCAACUGGCCGCCCAAGGCUCUCGCCCCGCCGCUCGCCGCCAAGACCUUCCCGUUCGCCUUCAACUCGGUCAACGUGGGGCCUCUGGCUUCACAGCCUGUAUUCUCACCGCCCAGCUCCAUCGCUGCCUCCAUGGUGCCCUCGGCGGCCGCGGCCCCGGGCACCGUCCCAGGUCCCGGAGCCUUGCAGGGCCUGGGCGGGGCACCCCCCGGGCUGGCUCCAGCCGCUGUGUCCUCCGGGGCAGUGUCCUGCCCUUACGCCUCGGCCGCCGCAGCCGCCGCUGCAGCCGCCUCCUCCCCUUAUGUAUACCGGGACCCGUGUAACUCGAGCCUGGCUAGCCUGCGGCUCAAAGCCAAGCAGCACGCCUCUUUCAGCUACCCCGCCGUGCCCGGGCCGCCGCCGGCCGCUAACCUUAGUCCCUGCCAGUACGCCGUGGAACGGCCAGUGUGAACCGCAGGUCUGUGGAUCCAUCCCCGAGGGCGGGGCAGUAAUUCACAGCCUCUCUGGACAGGGGUCGCCUAGACUGGCUUGCCCUCGUCCCAGGGUCUGAAAAGGGGUGCCAGAGCACCCGGGAAGAGGCGGCUCCGAAGAGGGCCUUUUCCCUCACAGC